CUAAUUUACUAAAAGUUGAAGAUAUUUGGUAAACCACAAGUUUGGAUUUUGACAUGCAAGAUACAGCAAUGUCGUCAGAGUACUCAUUCUGCAGCGAGGGUGGCUUCGACGAACUUUCGAGUUCCUCCGAUUCUGGUUUCGAUGUUAGCUUCGAAUCACCAAAACACGAAAUACCACCUGACACUCUCUUCCCUCCAGCUAAAGAAGUGAAGCGCAAAAAAACGCGAAAUACUCGUUGCAAAAGUCCCACACAGGUACUCAGAUUAAAGAGAAACCGGCGAAUAAAGGCAAACGAUCGCGAGCGUCACAGAAUGCAUACUCUGAACGACGCCCUGGAACGUCUGAGGAUGGCCCUGCCAACUUUUCCCGAGGACACGAAGCUUACGAAGAUUGAGACUCUCCGUUUUGCUCACAACUAUAUCUGGGCGCUGUCGCAGACUCUGGGCAACGCCGACAGCGGUGAGAUCACGGUGAACGUCGGCAAUGUUACCGUCAGUAUCACCGAGAAUGGCAACAUGAUCACCUCGUCAACCGGAAGCUGCGCGGUCGCAGCCCAGAAGAGGCUCGGACCUCAACAUACCGCGGGUUUCCCGUAUCCACCUCAGGAGCGAUUCGUCGCACCAGAAUGGCAAGAAUAUGAUUGCUACAGCGAUCAAAGCGUGAGUCCACCGAUGCAGUAUCAGCCUUGUUAUGACCAGAGGAUGUAUCAGAUUCAUCGUCCUCAGCAUCAACUAACGCCGCCAUCUCAUCAUCAUAUGCCUCAUCACAAUAUGUAUCAGUGUCUUUAG